AUGCAUAAAGAAUUUCGUGGUCGACUCGGAGCUCAAAUUCUCCUUUCUGUCUAUAACGCCAAGGAAGUAACAAAAGAAAUAGCAAACAGCAUGUUAAUAAAUUUAGCAGGCUCUGGCCUAAUUAGCAUAAUUUUGGAUGUUUUUGUUUGGCCUCCAUUAUUAGCAAUUGUAGCAAUUUCUUGUCCACCAUUAUAUAUUCCUUUAUCUGUCAUAUUAUAUUCUGUUAUAACAAAUUUAUUUGUUAACAUUGCUGACUCGUUAUUUCUUCAAAGAUUUUUGAUAAUGAUUGAGGGAGGAAAUUUUACCCCAACAACUUUGGAAGGAUUUUUGAAUAAUCUUAGAGAUUCUUGGAAGGUAGAGAAAAUAGCUAUUGGAGGGGCUUUGUUGGAUAAUUUGAUACAAAUGGAUACGAAUUGGGAUAUGUUGGGAUUAGAUAUUCUUUCGAAUGAGGUAAAAAAGGGAAUUUUGUUUUGAGAUAAUCUAUUCACAUUUAGAU